ACCGUCUGGGCCACUCAGGCGCCCCUUAUUUUUCUCCUUUAGAUUAAAAAAGAAAAAAAAGCCAGUCAUUUGAUUUGGGAGAUAUCUUUGUAAGCGUCUUAGUAGUCAAUAAGCAACCGCUGCCCAUCCCCCCGCACUCCCACCGUGUAGCUUCCUUUUCCAGGUUACCCUGGUCUCCACCACGGCCACUUUACCCUGAGGCAUCUGACUUUGAGACCCUUGCCCUUCCUGUCCUGACCCUCCCCUCUGGCCGCUGCUCCUUCCUGUAUCCUUCCAACAAAUGCCACCUGCGCUGACCUCUCCCUCUGUGCCCCCAGAUGGUCAGCAUGGGCCAGUGCUACUACAAUGAGACCAUCGGCUUCUUCUACAACAACAGUGGCAAGGAGCUCAGCUCCCACUGGCGGCCCAAGGAUGUAGUUGUGGUGGCUCUGGGGCUGACCGUCAGCGUGCUGGUGCUGCUGACCAACCUGCUGGUGAUCGCGGCCAUCGCCUCCAACCGCCGCUUCCACCAGCCCAUUUACUACCUGCUGGGCAACCUGGCUGCAGCUGACCUCUUUGCCGGUGUGGCCUACCUCUUCCUCAUGUUCCACACGGGCCCUCGCACUGCGCGGCUCUCGGUGGAGGGCUGGUUUGUGCGGCAGGGCCUGCUGGACACGAGCCUGACGGCGUCAGUGGCCACGCUGCUGGCCAUCGCUGUGGAGCGGCACCGCAGUGUGAUGGCCGUGCAGCUGCACAGCCGCCUGCCCCAUGGCCGAGUCGUCAUGCUCAUCGUGGGGGUGUGGGUGGCCGCGCUGGGCCUGGGGCUGCUGCCCGCCCACUUCUGGCACUGCCUCUGUGCCCUGGACCGCUGCUCACGCAUGGCCCCCCUGCUCAGCCGUUCCUACCUGGCCGUCUGGGCCCUGUCCAGCCUGCUUGUCUUCCUGCUCAUGGUGGCUGUCUACACCCGCAUUUUCUUCUAUGUGAGGCGGAGGGUACAGCGCAUGGCAGAGCAUGUCAGCUGCCACCCUCGCUACCGAGAGACCACACUCAGCCUGGUCAAGACCGUUGUCAUCAUUCUGGGGGCGUUCGUGGUCUGCUGGACGCCGGGCCAGGUGGUGCUGCUUCUGGACGGUCUGGACUGCAAGUCCUGCAAUGUUCUGGCUGUGGAGAAGUAUUUCCUACUCUUGGCUGAGGCCAACUCACUGGUCAAUGCCGUGGUGUACUCGUGCCGAGAUGCUGAGAUGCGCCGCACCUUCCGCCGCCUCCUCUGCUGUCUGUGCCUUCGCCGGUCCACGCACGAGUCUGCCCGCUACGCACCCUCCACCCGAACGGGUGCCAGCACUCGCAUCAUGCUUCCUGAGAAUGGCCAUCCCCUGAUGGACUCCACCCUUUAGCCAACCUGGGACUUCACCGGGGUGCCGCAGAUGCCAGAUCGUAGCCCCUGACCACACGUGGACGCACCUGGCUCUCCCCAAUCUGCA